AUGGAAGUGCAACGUGUUCUGCACAUGAACAAAGGGGACGACGAUGCAAGCUAUGCCAAAAAUUCAUCAGGGCAAAAGUUGGUGAUAAUGAAGGUGAAGCAUUUUCUUGUACAAAGCAUAGAGAAGUUGUUUCACUCUUACCCAAGUGCAAAGUGCAUAAGAAUAGCAGAUCUGGGAUGCUCUUCGGGACCUAACGCCUUGGUGCCAGCGGAGAAUAUGAUAGAAAGUAUUCACAAAGUUUAUCAUAAAUUGGGACAUAAACCGCCUUCAAUUGAAGUUUUCUUGAAUGACCUCGAGGGCAAUGAUUUUAACAACGUUUUCAGGUCAUUAAGCAAGUUUUAUGAUAAACUUGAAAAAAAUGGAAGCAAACGCGGAUCAUGUUUUGUUGCAGCUACGCCUGGUUCUUUCUACGGCAGACUUUUCCCAGAUCAUUCCACCCAUUUUAUACACUCUUCUUAUUCAAUCCAUUGGUUGUCUCAGGUUCCUAGGGAAUUGGAAGUUGAAUCAGGAAGGGGAUCGAACAAACGCAAUAUUUGCUAUACUGUCACAAGUCCGCCCGGUGUGCACGAGGCAUUCUUGGAUCAAUUUAGAAAAGAUUUUACAUUGUUUUUGAGGAUGCGCUCUACGGAGAUGGUUCCUCAGGGACAUUUAUUUCUCACUCUUCAAGGAAAGAUGGAUGAGAAUGACAGUUUUGAUCACUGGGUGUCCGUUGGGAUGACUCUGAACGACAUGGUAAUGCAGGGAAUGAUAGAAGAAGCAAAUUUAGAUGCGUUCAACAUUCCAUUUUACGGACCAUCAAUGGAGGAACUAAGGAGCAUAAUUGAGAAUGAAAAUAGCUUCAACAUUUUGAGUCUUGAGACAUUUAAGUUGCACUGGGACGAUUUCUACAUGGAGGUUUUUAAGAAGAAACCGGAAGAUAAUUACAUCAGGGGGGAGUAUGUGGCUGCGAGCUUAAGAGCCAUACUGGAACCUAUCCUAACCAGUCACUUCGGCGACGCUAUCAUGGAUGAAUUUUUUCGCAGGUUAGCAAAGAAAUUAUCUGAACAUCUGGAGGUAGGAAAGGGUUAUGUUGAUAAUUUGGUCGUUUCCCUUGGAAAAAAGUGA